AUGGGGGGACUUCUAUCAGUCAAGAUUAACAAGGACCAGGAUCGACCUUCAGCAGAGCCGGUAUCACCAUGUUUCCUCCAGCGGGCCUUGCCGGGCUCUCGGCCUGGGCCGUGCAGCCGCAAUGCUCUAUAUGAAAAGGCUGAUAUUAAGGUGCCUGAAGACAAGAAGAAACAUCUCCUUAUUGGUGUGUCCUCAGACCGAGGGCUUUGUGGUGCUAUUCAUUCCUCGAUUGCUAAACACUUAAAGAGUGAGGUGGCCAAUCUCACAGCAGCUGGGAAAGAAGUUAAGAUUGUUGGAGUUGGUGAUAAACUCAGAAGUAUACUUCACAGGACUCAUUCUAACCAGUUUCUGGUGACAUUCAAAGAAGUGGGGAGAAGGCCCCCUACCUUUGGGGAUGCGUCGGUCAUUGCCCUUGAACUGUUAAAUUCUGGAUAUGAAUUUGAUGAAGGGUCUAUCAUCUUUAACCGAUUCAGGUCUGUCAUCUCCUACAUGACAGAAGAAAAGCCCAUCUUUUCCCUUGAUACCAUUGCAAAUGCUGAGAGCAUGAGUAUCUAUGAUGAUAUUGAUGCUGACGUGCUGCAGAAUUACCAAGAAUACAGCCUGGCCAACAUCAUCUACUACUCUCUGAAGGAAUCCACCACGAGUGAGCAGAGUGCCAGGAUGACGGCCAUGGACAACGCCAGCAAGAAUGCUUCUGAGAUGAUUGACAAAUUGACUUUGACGUUCAAUCGCACCCGCCAAGCUGUCAUCACCAAGGAGCUGAUUGAAAUCAUCUCCGGUGCUGCGGCUCUGAACUAA